ACGCGCUGUCCUGCACAGAGGACACGACAGGCCGAGCAGUGCCGCACCGCACCGCAGGCCGAGGGAGGCCGAUUUCACUGCAGGGAAAGGAAGUAUGAGCGCCGGGGAGACAAACCGGCACGUCGCUCCCGGAGCUCACCACCAGUAGAGGCGACACCGAGCUGCAGCUGGUGGAGAGCCUCCAGAGCAGCUGAAGAUGGCGUCCAGGAAAGCUGGACCUCCUGACGGGGGUUAUGGCUGGGUGGUGGUCGCCUCAGCCUUCCUCGUCAUGGGCCUCACCGCCGCUGUCCUCAAGAACUUCGGCCUCUUCUUCCUGGAGAUCCAGAGUCACUUCGGAGUCCCCACCAGCACGACGUCCUGGGUCACCUCAACCACUAUAGCCAUGUUUCACCUCGGAGCUCCAGUGGCUAGUGCACUAAGCUUGGAGUUUUCUCAGAGAGAGGUCAUCAUGGUUGGAGGCCUGCUGACUGCCUCGGGAAUGGUGCUGGCAUCUCUGGACCUGAACCUGCCCUGGCUGUACGUCAGCAUGGGCGUCCUGCAAGGAACCGGUAUUUCCUUCUCCUGGAUCCCUGCGAACAGCAUCGUCAGCCACUACUUUGUACGGUGGCGGCCCAUCGCGUACGCCAUCGCCAGCUCAGGGGAGUGUGUGUUUGCUGUCAUCUUCAGCCCCGUCUUCCAGUGGCUUAUCGAGGCCUACACCUGGCAGGGAGCCUUGCUCAUUAUUGGAGGCCUUCAGCUCAACCUGUGCGUGUGCGGCGCCCUCAUGAGGCCCCUGGACGCGGCCGAGAGCACGGUCGAAAAAACCAAAGACGGUCUCGACAGCAAAACGCCAAAGAAGAAAGUUGUCUUCCAGUGCUCCUUGCUGAGGAAACCUGAACUUUUACUCUACAUCGUGUUUGCCAUCUUAGCGGCGGCCGCGUUUUUCAUCCCGCCUCUCUUUCUGGUGCCCUACGCCCACAGUUUGGGUAUGGAGCAGUACUGGGCAGCGUCUAUCCUCUCUGUCCUGGCCAUGGCCGACCUGGGGGGGAGGCUUACGUGCGGGUGGCUGGCCAACAUGAGGCUGGUGAGGAACUUGCAGCUGCUGACCAUGAUUGUGUCCCUGCUGGGUGUGGUGCUGCUCCUGCUGCCCAUCAGCCACAGCUACUGGGGGCUGCUGGUCUUCUCCUCGCUCUACGGCUACCUGUUCGGCUGCGUAGUGGCCAUCCACGUCACCUCCAUCGUGGACAUCGUGGGCCUGGAGGGAUUCGACAGCGGCCUGGGUUUCUUCAUGCUCUUCAGGAGCGCCGGGGGCUUUGUUGGUCCGCCUGCUGCAGGCUGGCUGGUGGACCAGACAGACGACUACAGCGCUGCCUUCUACCUGUCGGGCCUCUGCUUCAUCACGUCAGGGCUGUUUGUCGUCCUUGUCGACCGCCUCAUUGAGAGGAAAAAAGCAUCGGCCAGUGACGAAAUAGAAGCCUCCUUGGACCCCUUGAACACAAAAUAGACACAUAGGAGAGUGUGGAUGGAGGUAGAGGCGGGCUUUCUCUGUCUUAGUGAGACUUUGUUGAUUUUUCAGCUGGUUUGAUCCAGUAAUCCUCACACUGGCUGUCUCUGGAUGGUUUAGACUUGUGAAUGUGUGAAGCAGGUUUAGAUUAUUUUUUUUUUAUUAUUAGGUUGAGUGAGGAUUUUGUGUCUGAAUCACAUCAUUUUUUAUCAUGAAAUACAUUUAUAGCUGUGUAUUUUUCUUUUUAUUUGUAGCCAGGAACAAAUACUUGACCAAAGAGACACUGAAAUCCUGUGGGUUCACUUUUUUUUUUUUUUUAAUCAUUUCCCCAACGUCUGGGGAAAGUUUAAACACUACUGGAUAAAUACAGCCUGACUUACUGGAUAACUAUGUUACGUAAGAGCUGCUCCCGAGCUCCUUAAGCACAUGCUAAAGCAAAUCCUAUUAUCUCUAGUUUUGUGUUCAGGUUUCCAGUCGGUAAUGGGUUGUGUGGUGCAGUUAGAAAACGGGAUAGAUGUAUGCAUCAUAAAAUGGUGCCACAUCAAAAUCAAGCGCCACAAAGGUCGUCAUGCGGAAAACAACCUGUUGUUUUUGUCUUGUUUCAUGUUAGAAAAUGUGUCUGUGCUUUUCAAAAAGGAUCAUAUUGUGGUAUUUUGUUGAAAUGCCGUUUGAAAUCUCACCCCAGGCCCUUUCAGUAUCUCUGUUUCAAGUGAGUAUUGCACUAAGAAAGCUCUAAUGACUUGUGCUGAGACACUGGAUGCAUGAACAUGAGAACAUAUCUGAUCUUCAGUGUUUGCAGCUCCGAUCAGAUCUGUUGUUGACUGUCCAGAAAAAAAAGUGGGCUUCCCUGUUUAAACAGGCAGGAGAGUGCCUUUGUUUAGACUUCCACUGUGUGUUUAUCUAUGCAGUAUUACUACAGAUAAAGAACUAAAUGGAUACAUUGGAUUCAAGCCAAUGUAAGUUAAAGGUCACGCUGUCUUUUUCCACUGUCCGUUUUUAUGUUUUAUAAGUUGUUGAUGGGACACAAGGCUCUGUUGAGCGUCUCUGACAAGAGAAUUAAAAAUAAAAAAGAUUCAAAAUAAGUUGAA